GGACAUUUUCAUGCCAUGUUUCCAACCUUGACUUUUGGAAAUAUCGCAGUGGUUUCUCCAGUUCACCAGAUAAGGCAGGAAAACACCUGUAAACACAGUGAUCUAAAGUUGGGUUUAUUUUCUUUUAUUUCUCAUGAUUGAUUCAACCGACCAAUACUGUUGGUUUUGGGGGUGAUGCAAAAAUCUGGUGAGAUCGAGAUCUUCUUCUUUGCCGAUACGAUAGAAAUGUUUCUGUAACUAGGAAGAGAUCGAGAAUCAGGAUCAAGAUGCGAUCGAUGAUGUCAGAAAAGGAAAAUUUUAAUCUUUCAGGACCCUUGCACCUAACUUGUGUCGACUGGAACAAUGCGAACCACCGAAGGUCUGUUGCUGCUUGCUUGGUUCGGGGUGUCAAAAUCUUAGAGCGAGACCGCCAGGAAAAUAGACGAGGCCCCCAAGCUCUAGCUUCUCGUUGGUGGGAGUUCUUUGGUUUCCGAUUGCACACUCGUCUCUUCGAUGAUGUCGAUCACUCUAUCUUCGGCGCCAUCUACGAAUUCACAUCACCAUCCUACCACAGCCACUUAACAAUGAAUGGAACUCCGCGUUACAUAAUUGCCUUCCGAGGCACCCUAAACAAGGGACCUGCAUGUUUAGGCUCCCUAACCAAGGGACGUGCAUGUUUAAGGGAUAUACAACUGAACCUCCACAUCAUGAAAAGUACGCUCCACCAGACAUCCCGUUUUGAGAUUGCCAUGCAAUCCGUGCGGAAUAUUGCAGUUGCUCCUUUCCGAAACUCCAACAUAUGGUUAACUGGCCAUUCCCAGGGCGCAGCCAUAGCAAUGCUCGCCGGAAAGACCAUGGUGAAAGAAGGCAUUUUUCUUGAAGCUUUUCUCUUUAAUCCGCCUGUCGUUUCUGCACCUAUAGGGGAAAGGGUCCGAAUCGCAAGGAGUGUUGGAGUCGCGGUGCUCACCGUUGCUCGGAAGGCUCACCACCAGCAGACGGAUGUAUCAGAAGAUCCGUUUGUGGCUUUGUCGGGAUGGGUCCCGCGUCUGUAUGUGCAUCCGGGUGAUCGCAUUUGCUCAGAGUACAUAAAGUAUUUUGAGCAUAGGGAGUCGAUGGAGGAGAAAGGACUAGGGUGGGUGGAGAAGUUGGCCUCCCAGCAUUCGGUUAGGGUUAUUGUGAGGAGUGCAAUGGGGAAGGAGAGUGAAGAACCGUUGCACCUUAUUCCUUCAGCUGAAUUAAUUGUUAAUUUAACUCCUGCGAAAGCUUUCAAAGCUCAUGGACUUCGCCAGUGGUGGAGAUCUGAUCUGCAGCUGCAGUCUAAGGUGUACAAGUAUAUUAAUUAACAUUGGCAAAAAAAACUCUUUGAAUUCGCCAAUGUAAAUUUCUGUUGUUGUCAUCGUAUUCAUAUAUGUGGUUGUCAAGCGGUUUGAUUUCUAUUGCAAUAAAGUGACUUGAAUAGUGUUUAAA